AUGGCACAUCGCUUCUUUGGUCGUGCCAGUCAAUCUCGUUUCACUGGAAAUCGUCGCUCAAGGGGCAACUCUAAUGGCAAUGCUGGUGGUUUUUCUUCUGGCAUUUCGGGUGGUCAGUCUUCUAAGAAUAAUCGAUCUCAUCGUCCCUAUAAUCCUCGCUGCCUGAUUUGCAAAGAAGUGGGUCACACUGCUGAUCGCUACAGGAAUCGUUAUGUCCAUUCGGAGACAUCGGCACACCUUGUUGAAGCACUCCAGAGUGGUUGUUCUCUCUCUGAUGGCCCUUCUGGCUCAGAUUGGUACCUUGACACUGGUGUCUCUGCCCAUAUGACACCUGAUUCGACUGCACUUGACAUCUCUGAACAAUAUGUUGGUCAACGCAUCUCUACUCCAGCUGAAGACCAUGAUCCUCUAUCAUUGGCUCAACCACAUUCUAAUGCUCCAGAUCCUAAUGCUCAUUCUACAGCUCCACCCUCUCACCCUAUGAAGGCGGCUAACUUUCUCUCCAAUGAUGAUUUUGAGCCACCACUCAUCCCUCCCAAGACAAUUCCUGACCCAGAUGAUAAGAAGCCCGAAGAUUGGGAUGAGAGGGCAAAAAUUCCAGACCCAGAUGCAAAGAAACCGGAUGACUGGGAUGAGGAUGCUCCACUGGACAUUGAAGAUGAGGGUGCUGUGAAGCCUGAGGGAUGGUUGGAUGAUGAGCCUGAGGAGCCGAAGAUUGGAAUGAGGAGGAGGAUGGUGAAUGGGAGGCUCCAAAGAUUGAUAACCCCAAAUGUGAAGAGGCACCUGGAUAUGGGGAGUGGAAAAGGCCAAUGA